GCUCAACGGGACAUCAUCUUUGAACUCCGAAGAAUCGCAUUUGAUGCAGAAUCUGAACCUAACAAUAGUAGUGGCAGUAUUGAGAAGCGCAAAUCUAUGUACACUCGAGACUAUAAAAAACUUGGAUUUAUUAAUCAUGUAAACCCUGCCAUGGAUUUUACACAGACCCCUCCAGGAAUGCUAGCCCUUGACAACAUGCUGUACUUCGCUAAACAUCACCAGGAUGCUUAUAUACGGAUUGUCCUGGAGAACAGCAGUCGAGAAGACAAGCAUGAGUGCCCAUUUGGCCGCAGUAGCAUUGAGCUGACAAAGAUGCUGUGUGAAAUACUCAAAGUAGGAGAGCUACCCAGUGAGACCUGCAACGAUUUCCAUCCCAUGUUCUUCACCCAUGACAGAUCGUUCGAGGAGUUCUUCUGUAUCUGCAUUCAGCUCUUGAACAAGACAUGGAAGGAAAUGAGGGCCACUUCAGAGGACUUUAACAAGGUAAUGCAGGUCGUGAAAGAACAGAUAAUGAGAGCACUCACUACCAAGCCUAGCUCUCUGGACCAGUUCAAGAGCAAGCUUCAGAACCUGAGUUACACAGAAAUACUGAAAAUACGCCAGUCUGAAAGAAUGAACCAGGAAGAUUUCCAGUCUCGUCCCAUUCUGGAACUAAAAGAGAAGAUUCAGCCUGAGAUCUUGGAACUGAUCAAGCAGCAACGUCUCAAUCGGCUUGUGGAGGGCACCUGCUUUAGGAAACUCAACAGUCGGCGUCGGCAAGACAAGUUCUGGUACUGUCGACUUUCACCUAAUCACAAGGUGUUGCACUAUGGAGACUUGGAAGAAAGUCCCCAGGGAGAAGUCCCCCACGAUUCCUUGCAAGACAAAUUGCCAGUGGCAGAUAUAAAAGCUGUUGUGACUGGGAAGGACUGCCCUCACAUGAAGGAGAAAGGAGCUCUUAAACAAAACAAGGAGGUGCUAGAGCUUGCUUUCUCUAUAUUGUAUGACUCGAGUGGCCAGUUGAACUUCAUUGCUCCAGACAAGCAUGAGUACUGUGUAUGGACCGAUGGGCUGAACGCCCUCCUUGGGAAGGAUAUGUUGAGUGAUCUAACACGGAACGACUUAGACACGCUGCUCAGCAUGGAGAUAAAGCUUCGCCUCCUUGACUUGGAAAACAUACAGAUCCCAGAUGCUCCCCCACCUAUCCCAAAGGAGCCCAGCAACUACGACUUUGUUUAUGACUGUAACUGAGGCUGCCCCUGAAACUGGCUUCGAAACUGGAAAUAUUAUAACUGGAGAGAUAGUAAAAAUAAAAAAAGAAGAGUGUGAGGAAAAAAAAAAGAAACCCACUUGUGCACCUUGGAUUUUGGCUUUGGGGAGGGGUGUAGAAAUCCCUGCUUUCCUCCCUGUUCCCUGCAUCCCUUCCGUCCCCAUUCCCAUCUUCCCCAUUGCUCAUCCAAAUCCACAUUGCUUUAAUUAACUCAUAAUUGCAGGCCACUGGCCUUGCUUAAGGCAAAGACUUGCCACUAAGAAGCACCCUCCCGAGGACUUUUUUUACGUUUUUAAUACUGGAACAGACAUUCUUAACCUAAAGGACGUUGUUACCGAGCUGCAUGCCUGUGAAACCCACUCGGCAGGGCAGAGGCUUUAACUGGAAGGAGGAGAGGGAGAUAGGGAGCAGAAGCAGCUACUGUAAGCAGAAGAUUUCCCCAGACACUCUCCCCAAGAGUCUUCUCACAACCGAGUCCAAUGCGAUGAUGAAAUGCGUUAACUGCCUCCCCAUGCUUGCACCACUCGUCACUGUCAUUGCUCUUUCCACUGUCAUCUCGACUCUUGCCACCAGCCUUCACCCAACCGAUGGGCUCCCCGAACGGAAAGUCUGCAGGGUUUUGCUGUACCAUACGCUGCAAUGCUGCAACAGCUUUUAACUUCUUUUCCUUCCAGCUCUUGAAUAGCCCCACACUAGCAGACUAUUCGCACCACCUGUGUUAGGAAGCCACCAGUGUGUCCCCUCCCUCUGGCAUUCCCUAAGCCUCAGUUGCCUCUCAAAUUGGCUUGUUGCUAUUUGAAGUGGUUUAAUUUUCUCGGUCCAAAGUGCAGCAGUACUUUCCAGAGGUGAAUUCCAACUGCCAAACAUCCAGGUUUACAUUGUUCUCAUUGCUACAGUGUUAGAAAUUUGCAAGGGAGUUUUGGUUUUGUACGGGUUCUCAUUUUUUUAUUUUAUUUUGCCAAACAAAUCUAUUUAAUGAAAACCAGUUCCAUUGUGAGUACUUCAAGAGGACGAUAUUUUUACUUGAUUUCCAUUUGGAACAUUUGCCCUGAUGGGGGAAAAAAAACUAGUAUUUCCUUUCAACUUCACUGUUGAAUAAAAAUCUGAGUUGUGAUGAUU